CUCUGCAGUAAGAGUACCUUGGAGGGGCCUCAUCGCUUACAGAAAACCGACCUUGUGAGGAGAAUGUCCAGAGUUCCAGACAGCGGGAGGAAGAGAAAGCCACCAAAUGAAAGAGGAAGACAAGACAGUUACACUCCGAAGUCAACCAUCAGACCUAUAGGGUCCACGCCCUUUACCUGCGGCCUUACCCCACCUGCUGAUCCCAGGCCCUUCGUAUGCAAUCUACCUUCUCAUUGUGACUCUCUGUUUUCUGGGCUACGUAACCUGCGGGAUAAAGGCCAGUUACUGGACUUGAGUAUGCAGCUCAAUGGUGCCUCCUACAGGGCACAUGGGCUGGUGCUAGCCGCUGUCAGCCACACUGCAGAGGCGUGGUUCCGCUGUGGCAAGGCAGGGACAGAGAUGGAGUUACUAAAUGGGCGGGUGUCACAAGCAGGGCUGCAGGCUGUGCUGGAAUUUGCCUACACUGGGAGCUCUGACACAGCUAUAGAUAUGACUGGUGAUGACAUCCUGGAAACCUGCAGGUUCCUUGGGGUUGAACGUCUAGCCAGGACCUUUCCUAGGGAGAUGCAGACAUGCAGUCCAUUGGCCCCUGCUAACUGUGAGAUGGAGGUCAGCCUGGGAGUCAUCAGGCGUUUAUGGAAGGAAGAGGUCGGUUGUGAUGUGUGGCUACAAACAGACAGUGGAGAAAGCCUCCCAGCGCACCGUGUAGUGUUAGCUGCAGGAGGAGACUACUUCCGAGCACUGCUGUGUGGGGGACUGAGGGAGUCCAGUGAGAAGGCGAUUUCCCUGCGAGGCGUGGCAAGCUGGGUACUGUGGGCAAUCCUGGAGUUUCUCUAUUCAGGCACAUUGCGGCUGGGCAGGGAGGACGUGUGGGAGCUUGCAGAGGCUGCCCUGCUCUUCCAGCUGCAGGGGGUGUUUGUGCUGUGUGAGGAGUUCCUGCUGGAACACAUCGACCCCAGCUCGUGUCUGGAUAUCCUGGCACUAGCUGAGGCUUACGGUCUCGAUCAGCUGGGCCGGAAGGCCGAGCAGUACGCCCUCAGACAAUUCCAGAGUGUCUCAUGCGGUGACAAAUUUCAAGACCUGCCCCUUCCUCUCCUGGAACGUUUGCUGGAGGAGGACUCACUCUGUGUGGACAGUGAGAUACAGGUGUUUAGGGCAGUGCGGUGUUGGGUCGAGGAAGAUCUUGGAGAGAGGCUCCCCUUCCUUCCAGGGCUCCUGGAGCAUGUACGCUUUGGCCUCAUGUCCUAUACUGAGCUACAGGAGGUGCAGAGCUGCACCCUAUUGACUCGCAGCCUAAGGGGCAAACGUUUACAGGAGAAACUACGAGUGUAUCUCCAGCCUGGUCACACAGGCCCACCCUGCAAGCCCCGCACACCCAACCAGGUACUUGUUGUGGUUGGUGGUGACUUUGUAGAUGAAGAUUUCACUAGGCGUGUACCAAGCCGCAGCCUGUGGUUCGCCCAGCGUUUCCUGCGUGGGCUGGGACUCAUCAGAACCGUGGAGUGGAAGUCUCUGACUGAGCUGCCGGAACCGCCCCGUUUCCGCCACUGUGUAUGCGUCCUCAACAACCAGCUCUACGUUCUGGGAGGCCGCAAAUACUAUGGGGCACGAGAUAUUCUCAAGUCUGUCAUCAGGUAUGAUCCAGCACAGGACCACUGGGAUAGGGUUGCCGACAUGCACUCUCCAAGGGACUACUUUGCCACAGCGUGUCUUGCAGGGAAGGUGUAUGUGUUUGGGGGGAACCAUGACGACACCCAAUACCUGAACACUGUGGAGUUCUACACACCUGAAGACAACACCUGGAGGCUGGCUCAGCCCCUGGACCGGGCUCUGUGCGGACAUGCCGCUGCGGUGUCGGGUGGGGAGAUCUUCAUUUCGGGGGGGUGCGACACCCGCUCGGGCUGCCUGCCUUAUCUGUGGUGCUAUGACCCAUCGCAUGGCUGCUCCAGCCGCGCCCCUAUGGUGGCGGGGGUGGGACGUGCUGGGCACGCUAUGCUGGCGCUAGGGGGGAAGCUGCUGGUGGUUGGUGGGUUGCAGCCCUUAUGGGCGGGAUUUGGAGAUCAGCUACAGUGCGAGGCUUAUGACCCCACCCUUGACACUUGGGUGGCAAUUCCCCGCUUGCCUCGUCCCCACCUUUUCCCUGCUGCCGUGCUUCUAGAUGGAGUAAUGUAUGUACUGGGUGGUUCCUCUGUUGACACUGCCCGGGACACACCCUGGGUGCAUCGCUAUGACCCCCGCACAGGGUGCUGGGACAAUCUCGGCAAACUGCCACGCCCAUAUGCUGACCUCGCUGCUGGUGUGUUACAACUGCCUGGAGGGGCGAAGAAGUAGCAGGCUACACACACGCACUCAUGCUAUAUUCCCUGUCUGCUUUUUAAUUUUAGAAAUAUUAUGCUGGUAUGGAAAUCCUAUGUUGUACAUUUUAUUCGGAUGGUGCAGGAGGAUGUGCUACAUUAUGUUGAAAUGCAGAACAUUUCAAAAAGAAAUAUUUUAUUCAGUACAUUGGGAUGUGCUCGUUUUGUUAUAUAGGUUGACAAGUUAGUUCAGAGGGUAAUGAACUAACUCAUCAACCUCACUCAUCCCAGGUUCAGUUCCUGCUCCUCGCUCCAUGUGUGGUCUGUGCAUUAGGACACUGUAUCUGUAACUGGAUGGGCAGGUUCAAAUCCCAGGGUCUGCAGGGUGUUUAAGGUCCUCAAUCCUAAUUGGUCCAGGAACUGUCUGAUCAUGCUUUCUGAAAAAAAGUAUGUUGCUUUGGAUAAAAGUAUCUGGUAGAUAAAUUAAAUGUAAAUUUCUUCCUGCAGUCCAAAAACAUGCAACAUGUGAACUGGCAUCUUGUUCAUAAUGUGUGUUAAGUGAUGGACUGGUUUCAAAAUAUAACUAUUAAUCUAUAAAAUAAAACAUCAAAUUAUGUCAAA